GGUGACAACGUGCGCCAGGAGCUGCUGGCCUUGGUGAAGGACCUUCCCUCCCAGCUGGCUGGGGUUGGGGAAGGAGACAGUGGCCUUUCUGAGGCCAUCGAGCUCUAUCAGGCCUGCGUGGAGUUUGUGUGUGAGAGCCCGGCAGAGCCCGUGGUGCCCCUGCUGAGGCACGUGGGCAGGAGGGGCAACAGCACCGUGUACGAGUGGAGGAGGGGGCUGCAGCCCCUGCGGGUGGAGAGACCCCCCCUGGAGGAGCCUCCGGAGCCCCCCGGGGAGGACACGUUCCUGUCCCAGAGGCUGGUGGAGAUGGAGGAGGAGGCUGAUGUGGUGGCUGUGAGCCAGUUCCAGUUGGCCCCCCCAGUGCUGCAGGGCCAGACCAGUGCCCGUGUGGGUUCCCUGCUGGGCAGCACCCGGGCCCUGCUGGGCCAGCUCUGCACCCCCAGCCUGCAGCACCUCUUCAUCAUCCUUGCCUCCCCCAGGUAUGUGGAGCGGGUGACUGAGCUGCUGGGGCAGAAGCUGAAACAGGCAGAGCUGCUG